GAGUGUGUGAGCCACCAAGGAGUUGUCAUAUGCUCUAGCCAGGUGCCUUGUGGCAGUCCCCAAAUAACAACUUUUCAUGGUUGCAGUGUCUCCACCAGCCAGCUGCUUCCCCUUUCAGCUGCUUCCCCUUCCCUUUUCUGCCCCAUAGCUGCAGUCACCCCUCCAGCUUUGCUGAAUCCAUCGGCUGCCAAUGAGUUAAAAUGAAUGUGCUGCCUCAAGCAGUUCURCAAAGCCCAGGGGAGCAUCCCAAGUUCAUAGAGCAGACUCUUGGCCCCCCAUUAGACUUUGCAAGGAUUCACUUGAUCAAAGACAAAGAUGGCUUAGAUGAUUAUUUGGCGAAGAAUAUCAAAGGAGUGUCAAAAGAAGAAGCUGCUGCUUACAGGAAUUCAUACAAGAAGAACAUCUGCAUAGACAUGCUGCGACAGGGUUAUCACAAGUCCUUCUCUGAGCUCCUCACUCUGAUACAGAAGUGGAAUGCCUUCAGGGAGGCUGCAGGGCCUGGGUCAGCCAUAUGGCAUGAGAAGUCCCUGGAGGAGCAGCCUGAUAAGCUGGAUCAGCUUUACCACUUCCUGACCAGGGCUGAGGCAGCCCAGCGAGCAG